AUGGAUCCAAUCUCGGCCGCCGGCUUGGCGAUCGGCGUUGCGUCCAUCGGACUGCAAGUCUACACCGGUUGCGUGCAAGGUAUCCAGCUGUUAAUCACGGCCAAGAACUUCCCCGAUGACUGCAAGUUCCUCAACCUGAGAUUGCGGAUGGAGCAACAGAGACUCUUUGCCUGGAGCGAGACGUCCGGCCUGCUCGACCUGGACGGGAACCAGCACGAGAAGAUUCUUAGCACAAACACCUUCGUCCUCCACCGCACCACGAUCCUAGACCUUUUGGUCCAGGUCCAGUGCUUGUUCAAGGAGUUUGAGGACCAUCAGCGCCGCAAUGAGCGCUUGAAGCCGACCCCUGACGAGGACACGGUCCUCGACCACCCCGAGAAAGAUGCUGCCGCCGCCAGUUUUCCGUUGCCCGAGAGGCGAAAAGACUUCAUCAAGCGGGCCAUGGGCAAGCUGAAGAGCCAGUCCCGAGAGACCUUUCUCAGGCUGAGCUGGGUCUCAUUCGACAAAGUCGCAUUCGAGGUCCUCCUGUCCAGGUUUGCUGCUUUGAACGACAACAUGACUGAUAUCCUGGACGCCCGCCUGCAAGUGGAGAUCCGCGACACUGUGCAAGAUACCAACCGAGGGGUCUUGCAGCUGCAUCAUCGCGUUGCAGAUCUGGGGCGCCUUGUGAUGGCUCUAAGCCUGAAGCUGGAAAACACUGCACCGGCAAACAUCUCGUCCAUGUCCAAGGCUCAACGGGAAAAGAACGCAGACGGUCUGGAUCUGCUUGCCAAACUCGCCAAGUUCAAAGCUUUCAACGAGUCGAUGGAGCCCGAGAAACAGCGACCGUGGGACGAGGCCACGGCCAUGUCUCUAGGGCUGGGGAAGCCAGCACGACGGGACAUGCUUGUCUUGGACAGAAAAACUAUCACAUUACUUCAAGAAGAACCCGACGACUUUGACCAACCGAGAUGCGAAGCCAUGCUCCGCACCGCCGACGGAUCUGAAAGGAGAGUGUGGGUGGAAUGGAAGGAAUACGAUCGCCAGAAAGCCGGAGAUGAGUCGCCGCCAAGAAGGAUCAUUAUGGACAGGGUAGGCAAGCUUGCCGCUCUCCUGAACCACAGUCCGAAGCCCGAAGCUUUCCGGACACUGCAUUGCCUUGGCUUCUUCGACAUGCUGGGACCCGACAGCGACGCGCCGGAAGACGACAGCUUGGAUCGGAAGCUCGGGCUUGUGUUCGAACGACCCAGCGGCAACGAGGUGCAUCCGUCCCUGCCUCCGCCAUCCCUCCGCGAGCUCUUCCAGAUCGAGCGGAAACCUCGGGUCACGGAGAGAAUCAAGCUGGCACACGCCAUCAGUAGCUGCCUUCUGUAUCUUCACGCCGUCAACUGGCUCCACAAGGGGCUGCGCAGCCACAACGUUGUCUUCUUCCGGGACAAGAGCGGCCACGUUAACUAUGCAGAGCCCUACUUGACUGGUUUCGACUACUCCCGUCCCGCGCGCAGUGAUGAAGCAACAGACAUCCCCCAGGACGAUGCCGAGUACAACUUGUACCGCCAUCCUCAGGUACAGCUGAUGAACCCCGCCGAGAGGGAGCGGUUCAAGAAGAGCUUCGAUCUGUACAGUCUCGGUGUGCUUUUCGUCGAGAUCGCCCACUGGAGUCCGGUAGACGAGGUUCUCGGUUACGACAUCAACCGGCGGCCCAGCCUCGCCCUAAGGGUUAGAGACGCUCUACUUGACCAAGACCGCAUCGCCGAACUGGGCGCCAACAUGGGGGAGAUGUUCGAGGAGGCUGCCCGGAAGUGCAUUGAAGGCGGGGAGAGCCUGGGGCUAGCGGAUCAUGGCGUCGAGACCGACGACAACGUAGCCGCACGUCUUUCGAUGCGGUUUUACGAGGACGUGGUGAAGAAGUUGGAUGAUGUGCGCGUUUAG